ACAAACUUCUCUCCCCUGCGAGAAGUGGAACCGAUUUCGUCUCUCUCUCACUUUCCCUUUCUCUUUCUUCUCCUUCUGCUCUCAUCGGAAGUUAGAACUGGUAAACCAUUUUCGACAGAAUCUUUGAAUAUGAAGUCCUCCUCGUGUAAAUCGAAACAAAAGUCUCCGCUUGGCAGUUCCAGGCGCACGGUUUCCUUUGAAGACGACGAUGACCCUUUUGUCUCCGCCAAGUCAACCGCGACCCACUCAAAUUCUCCAUAUCAGCCGCGACCGGAGAUCCCGGUAGUAAACAGGGGCAAACUUCCGAAAAGGCUCUACGCCACUGACUGCUAUCCGCCUCUCGGACGUAUUAAUGCUUAUUCAAAGCCGGAGUAUCUGCUCGAUCUCGUCAAAAUCCUAGAAGGGACGAAAGAGUUAAAUUAUCUCCGCGCCUCAUGCUUUGGUCCGCUGUUUCAGCUUCCUGUCCGCAAAUGUUCGUUUUCCGGCAAAUUAGUGCAUCAGAUGUUGUGUAGAGGCGUCUACACAAGGAAAAAACACGAGCUUUGGUUUAUUUUUGCCGGUCAGCCAUUCCGUUUUUCGUUAAGAGAAUUUGCCAUUCUCACUGGUCUGGAUUGUCGGCCGUAUUCUUCACCGGCAGAUGUAUUGAAGUCGCAGAGAGAAUGUACCAAAAAACAUCCGUACUGGAAUAUUCUCAUAGGCGAGGACCACCCGGGUGUCCUCAUCAAGGACAUUGUUGACUGGCUGAGGAAAGACAAGAUGAAGCCCAAGAAAGAGAAGAUGGAUGACUGGAGAAGGCUUCGUCUCGCUCUUAUCGUGAUCGUUGAAGGGGUAUUGCUUUGCAGUUCCCAACCUGUGAGAGCUUCUCUUCAAGUUGUCGAAAUGGUUCAGCAUUUGGAGUCGUUUGAAGCGUUUCCAUGGGGACGAGAAUCAUUCCUUCUGACAAUGCGAAUGGUUAAGGUCAGUCAGAAGGUUAACAGUCUAUCUGUCCUAAUUGCGAAGUUCAACCAGUCUCACUCUUCAACCCAUGGGUUCCCUCUUGUCUUCCAACUGCUGAUGUUAAAGGCCAUCCCAGUUUUAGAGAGAUACCUUCUUCAACCUGAUGAUACGCAGACUAUCAUUGAUGGGUCAAUCACUAGUUUGCCUCCGUUGAAGACUUUUCACAAUUCCAACAUAAUGAAAACAGAGCUAAUUCCUGGGUUAAGUAUUGCCCCGCUGUUGUCUAAUGAUGAUCCCCCACAACCAUCGAUCAACUAUUGGCCUGAUGAAGUCUCUGACCUGGCGCUUGACUAUAUGGAAAGCCUUAUUGGUGGCGGAUACAAGUUCUGCCAAGCUGACUGGAUUGGUGGGUGUCGCACCUGGCCAAAGAUAGUCGUUGAUGAGAACCCCAAAGAACCCAAUGUUCGCAAGACCAAGAAGGUACCUGUGAGGCGUCCAAACAGAAACUCUGACAUGCCAAAGUUUCCCCAGGCUGGUCCAUCUGGUUCAUCAAAAGGUAAAGGGAAGGUCGAUGACGACUUCUGUCCCCCAGCAGCGACUGAAGGUAAAGAUGUUCUCCAUGCUCUGAUCAUGGAAGAAGUUAAUGCGAAGUUCCGGAACGUGAAGGAGGAAUUGAAGGUUGAAUUGAUGGGUGAAGUUUGUCGGAUGUAUGGAGUAGAGAAGUCUUUAUUGAAAGACGAACUUUUAGACGAGAUUAUUAGCAAUCUGCGCCAUGAAAAUCUAAAUAUCAACAAGGAGUCCGGGGGACACACAUCUGUCCCAUCAACAAACGCUGAUUCACCAUGUCAGAGCAAGGUCCCCAGUGGACAGACCUCUGAUUCCCCCCAUGUCCAGAUAGACCCUCCCGUCCCAAGUAAUUCUCAACUUUUGGAGGAAUUUCAGCGGCAAGCCUGGUCUGAGUACGGAGGAGUGUCUGAUGUUUUAAAAAACCUCAACCAGUCUUAUGCAUCUCCCUCUGGUCCUGCUCAGUCUGGUCCGUUUGGACCUUCUUCUGGUCUAUUUAAUUCUGGUCCUUCUUCUGGUCUAUUUGCUUCUGGUCCUUCUUCUGCUGAUCCACAUGCUUCUGGUCCUUCUUCCUCGAAGUUAUCUAUUGAUCACAACCCAAAAGACUUCCAAACUCCAUUGCCAACCAUUAGUGAGGACAACGCAGAGGAAUCCGAGGACGAAGAAGUUGCAGAUGAGGUCCUGGUUGGAAAGUCUGGUAAAGAGAAUUUUCCAGAAGAUCACAACCCCAACGACUUCCAAACGCCUAAUCAAGAUGUAGAGGAGAUCAGUUCGCCUGAUGAAUCAGAGGACGAUGAAGAUACAGAUCAGGUUGCUGGUGGAAAUUCUGUUGGUGUGACUGAGGACGUGGAAUUUGUUGGUGAGGAUAGAAAGGCAGCUGUAGAGGCUAAGUCUGUUGGUGUGUCUGAGCACGUUGAUGUUGUUGAGUGCGAGGACAGAAGAGAAGCAGUAAUUGGAAAGUCUGUUGGUGUCCCCGGGGACGAUGUUGAGACUGAGGUUGUAGAGAAUAAGUCUGUUUCUGGGGACCAUGAACCCAAAGAGGGUGACGAGAGUAGUGGUGAGAGUGAAGGAAGGUCUGAAGACGAGGAUCACCAAGAUGAAGCCAUGGACGAGGCAAACAAAGAAUGGCCGCCAGAGCUUUUUCAAUCCUCAAGAGGGGCUGAUGAACAACUGGUUGACGAUCAAGAGGGAAAUGCUUCUGGUGGUAUGGCAAUUUCAGAAAAAAGUCCCUCUGGGAAAAAGAGAAAAUCUUCUUCUCUUGGCGACUGUGGUGACGGGGAUUCUUCUAAGCCGAUCCUUCCUCCCAAAAGGGCAAGGAAUAAACCCCACCGUUUCCGUGAUCCUAUUCCUGUCCAGGGACAAGAAUCCACAGGGACCAACAGUAUUUCCCAAUCAACUGAUGAUGUUUUGCACCCGUUUGUCCCUGUAAAUGAUGAUCUUUGGAAACAUUUCUUGUCCACUCUCAAAUCUUAUCGCCAGAGGGAGUUCGUCCUCGAUGCACAUGUUGUCCCCAAAUCCUUUUUUAAGGAUAUGCUUACUCCUCAGCAUUCUGUCCACCAAGAGCACAUCGAUGCCAUGCUAAGCCUGUUGGCGCGGAGGUUUGGGGAUACUUUGGUCCAGAGUAGGUCUGCCAUACUUGAUUCAUGGUUUUCGCUUACCCUUUGCGACCUCUAUUCUCGUUUCAAGAAGUCCAAAAAUAAAUCUGAGUUUCCGUGGAACAGUAAGAUACGGGACUACGUUAGGGGUAUAGUCCCUGGCCGAUUCACGAGACAGGCUUGGUUCUCUGAUGUCGACACUCUGUACGCGCCUUUACAUCUGUCUGGGGGCCACUGGGCUGCGCUUGUCAUAUAUCUGAAAGAGGGUUCCAUAGGUGUUCUUGACCCUAACGUGGCUGCCCAAACCGACAAACAGAUGGGCGUGCUCAUGAAACCUCUCGUUGUGUUGCUUCCUUUUAUCAUCAAAUCACUCGUCCCCCAAGAUGUUCUCCGCAAUCAUCAAGUCCCCCGUGAGUUCGCCUUUGAUCGUCUCCCCGAAAUCUUUCAAAGCGAACAUGAAGACGACAGUGGCCCGCUUGCUGUGAAGUACAUUGAGCUUCAUUUCCAAAACAUUAGCCACGACAGCAUAACUGAAGAAGUCGUGGAGAAUAUCAGGAUGAGAUUUGUUGUCGACAUUUUCGAGGAGUUUGUUCAGCCUCUCCGUCUGUGAUGCCCCUUUCAAUAUUUCUGCUUAAGAACUUAUGUCUUUUUGUAAUAAUUAUUUACUCUACUU